AUGCUUGAUGAGUACGAAUGUCACCCUGUGGAUCCUUCAGAGUGGAUGGAAAGUAUCUCACCGGUUGAGAUACAAGACGAGACAGAAGAAGACGAGAGAUACGCAUUUGUAUCGCCGCUUCUCGACCCAUCUCAAUGCGAGGAAGACUCUGCUAGCAAUGACGAAUCAGAUAUUGUAGAAAAGGGCCCUGCGAAUGCUGUUCCGCCUCACCUAAGUCCAGAUGACGCUUUUUGGACCCGUAUGCGACUGGUACAAAUCCGCAACCUUCUAGUUCGCUGCCAAAUCCUCUACACCACCGUGAGAUGCAUGGAGCGCAGACCUUCGAAACCACCCACCGAUGCUCAGCUGGAUCGAUACUAUAAGAAGAUACGGUACCUCGGCACUAGAGCACGAAAAGUAGCUGAGGCCAUAGGAGGCGACGACUUACGAGCGCGAGCCGAAUAUUGGGCGGGACGCGGCUGCGGUGGCCUACAGGAUUGGCAGGCAGCCAUCACCCAUUUCACAGCAGCGAUCAAGUUUGACGUACCCAACUUUACAGACGAAAAAGAAGAAUUACGCCAAAGAGGAUUACUACAAGAAGAGAAAAACGACGUGGAGUUUCUACUACAAAGCGUGAAGCAGCGCGAGCGAGACUUGGAGCAGCGAAAAGAAAACGCGAUCAGAGAGAAAUAUGGCGAUAUCCAUCCCAACUUACACCCACCGGAUAUUAACUGGGCUUUGUUAAAAGGUCCGCGCUGGACUCCAGACCGAGACCGCCUCGUAGAACUUGCAAAGACACAGUAUGGCAGCACGAGGCAAUCCAUGAGUCGCUUCACCAUCACCGAAAACGGGGAAGAGGGUUACACAAAGGAAGAGAUCAGUUUCAUCUACGAGAGAAUGGCUAUGGAGGACACGAGCGAAUUUUCACGAAAAUUGCUCAGCGUGGAGGAGUGGCGGUAUAUCGUCCGUGGAGAUGAGCCCGGAGAUGGUCAAGAUGGUUCCCCGCAGCAGCAAGCUCAGCAUAGCGAGCCCGCAGCUGAAACAAAUGCUCGCCUUCCUGACAUAACCCUUACUACACCGACUGAAAGAUCUUCAUCAGAGAGUUCAAGACAGACGUCAAUGGAAUCAAACGAUGCACACUUGAAAAAACCCCAGUCAGUCUCCAAUCCACCACUACCAUCACCGCCUCCGUUGAGAUUAUCCAAAUUGGAAAACACAAGUUCACCGACAUCACCACGCCUCACCAUCAAGGAACGACGAAAAAAGAAGGUGAAGAGUAUUGUUAUGCCACGGGGACAGACUGGGGUGGUUGCUUCGCGUGCUUUGCCGAAGUCUGCUGAACCUAAAGAUAACAAAGGAACGGGCGACGAGGAGAGUGAGGGCGAGAUUGUGGAUGUGAGGUUGGAUCAUACACUAGAUGUUGAGGAGACCAUUGCUAGCAUUUUUGAGAGGGAUGCUGAGAAUGCUGGUAAUGAGAGUGGGGGAAGUACGCCACGGGUGGCUGGAUUUGAGGACGAGAGUGGGGAGAGUACGCCACAGGUGGCUACUGAGUCAAAGUGA